AUGACAACUUUCCAAGAUAGUGGGGGUGCUCCGCCGACUAAGAAGUUCAAGAGGACAUACGUUGCUUGUCUCAACUGUCGUGUGAGGAAGGUUAAAUGUGACUUGGGCGACCUUCUGCUGCCAAACAGUAAAUGCGCUAGAUGUGAAAGAGAACGGCGUGAUUGUGUAUUUGUGGACUCGAAAAAGCGUACGGUGGAGAGACUACGAGCAGGGCAGUCCACCAGUAUAAAUUCUGACACACAUGGAGGACGUUCGUCGCCGAAGCUGUCGCUGCCAUCUGGUCCUGGGACUCCGGCAAUAGCCGGCCAUACCUCGGGUUCCUCAUCUGGCACAGUUAAGACUGAACCUGAUAACCCAAAACAUUUUUCUACCAUGGAGGGAGCUCUUGUGUUUUUGGCCAAUGCAGCGGGUAAGAUUGCUUCGGCAGAUGAGAGAGAUAAGAUUGAUGGGAGAAGUAUGUAUAACCAAAUUCAGGAAACUUCUCAGUUUCCAGUUCUGAGCGAGAGAUCGCAGCUCUCAAGGACGGUUGAAUCAUCUAUCCCUGAUUCUCUGCUGCUGCCGAAGGAUCCUUCCGGUUUACCACAGCCGCUGGCUCCUUUCCAGCGUAAAUCGUCGACGACAUCAAAUUCAGGAAGGUCGGGAGCAAAUGAUAAUGGCACAACUUCUAAUCCUGCUCGUUCUAGUUCAACUUCCCUCCCGACUUCGAACCCUCCAUCUGCGUCUGCUAACGUGGGUGCUGCUCAGUGGCCUUCGUACUUUAGUCGACCUGAAGAUCAGUCACAUCGCUUCACGAUGCCACCAGCGGAAUCGGAAGCUGAUGUCCGGCCACGGGGCACGCUGGAUCUCAAUUCAAUUGUUUACAUUGGAGAAGAUGGUAUACUUACGGCUUCUGAAGCACAAUAUUUGAUCAAGAUGUUUUUCACCACAAUGCAUCCCUUUUAUCCUCAUAUUCCGAAAUUUUUGCAUCUGCCCUCCAUUCUUGCUGGUUAUCCUAUACUUCUCUGUGCUAUUCUUACAAUAUCAUCGAGAUACCACUCAUUGAAUGGCACUACUGCUGACGGCACUCCUAAAAAUAUUGACGUCCAUGACAGGUUGUGGCUCUAUGUGCAACGGCUCAUCUCUCAAACCGUCUGGGCUGAAGCAAGUACUCGUUCUAUAGGAACGGUUUUUGCCUUUUUGCUAUUCACUGAAUGGAACCCUCGAGCGAUACAUUGGAGGUGGUCAGACUAUGCUAACAGGGCCGAUGAUCCUCGUGAAACAGCAAUGUCGUCGAACCCUUUGUCAUAUGCGUCUUCAGUGGCUGCUGCAACAUCAGACGAGCCUGCUGGUCUAGGAGCCAUGCGUCGAUCCUAUAGAAUGGCUUGGAUGCUCAUUGGUUCCGCGGUACGUCUUGCUCAAGACACUGGAUUUAUGGAAGUGAGUUCAAAAACAUUCCUCGCUACGCAUGUGGCGGAAAUGAAUAGUGUGAUGAACAUGAGUCGGAGAAGUAUGUUGGGAGCAUCUCUCGCUGAUGUCGAGCUAGACCAUGAGCCAAUAUCUGAAAAUGAUAUGGAGAUUCGAGAAGACAAUGAAUACAAAGUCCUCAACAUGACGGAAGACGAACAGAAGAAAAUUUCUGCUGAAAAUUUCCUUUCAUUUACGGAGCCCCAAAAGGCGCAGAUUGAGCUACUCCAGAUUAUGUCGUUAAGCCACGAGUCCUUGUAUGGGUAUAAAGCCCCACUUGGGUCCUUAAAUCAACGCCAGAACUUAGCAAUCCUCAAUAUUAUCAGUCCAAUGGUAAACAAUUGGGCAAGAAAGUACAAGCAUUUAAUGCUACCUCCAUCCAACAAAUGGCUCCGGAAAUAUAACAUUGAUGACCCUAGCGCAUGUGACGAUCAAACUGCUGCAAAACUUGCCACCUACAUUCAAGCUGAAUCAUUUGUUUUCGAGUAUAACUAUGCCAAGCUAUACAUCUUUUCACUUGCAUUGAGCCCGACUCCGAAGGAAUCGCGUCCUGCUCCUGGAAAGGUCAAUUUGAAGCUAGAUGAAAUUUCCAAAAGUGCAAAAUACAUCGAGCAAGCUUUUGGAGCUGCUAACGAGAUAUUACACAUGGCUCAUAGGGUUCACAAGAUAAAGAUGCUAAGAUUCAUGCCAGUACGUUGGGUGACAAGGCUUGUUCGUGCCGUUGCCUUUAUUGUUAAGUGUUACUUGACUAUCACAGCUCAUAAAUCAUCCACAAGUGGCGACGAAGUAAAUGGAGUAAGCAGUGACAAUCUUGACGCUACGAUUCUUUCGCUUUCUUUAAUUUCUGUUCACACUAUCGUCCAAAGUAUCCAGAAAGCUGCAAUCACUUUAAGAGACUGUUCGCCUGACGAGCUUCAUCUUUGUACGAGGUAUUCAAAUGUCUUGAUGUAUCUAUGUUCCGAAAUGAGAUCCAAGCUCAAGCAGCUGACUGCAGAUGACGAAUACGAAUUGAGUAAUUCGCUGGAGAACCCAAAGGAAAAGACCGAAUUGAACAAAGACAACCAAGUGCCGACUUCUCAAACCGAAAGCCUGCAGCCCCAGAGCUAUUCACAAAACGCGGCUCUAGUGCUGGCCAUUACUGAUACUCACCAGGCCAAUCCUACGGGGCUGGCCGGCUCCACUACAGAUGCCCAGACUAGCAGUACCGGUCUAAAUUACUUGGCCGACAGUGAGCUUAUGGAAUGGAUAAUGAAUAAUCGAGACGUUGGUCUUGAUUUUGUUGGGCCAUGGACGGAGCUCAUAGAGCAGCAAUUGGAGGACCAGCAUUUUGACUUCAAUGAUGGUCUUGAUUUCAGUGCGUCGUGA